GGUGCGUGGGCCGCCCCCCGCCCGCGCCAGGUGCCGCUCCGGACCGCGCCGGUCUUAUGAACCUUCCUGUGGAUUUGCGCGACCGAAAUUCGGUGGUUCUGCCGUAUUUUUGUGUGUCAGUGAAUCUUCCGGCGCGGUUUUGGAGUGGCACGAUCGGCCUCCCGAAUGGCAUUAAGGAGCUCAUAAGUGUUGUGUGUGGGGCCAUACGGCCUGAGUGUCCUUGUGUAGCGAUGUGUGUAGGAGACGUGUGACCGUGGAACGUCCACUUCGUCGGGACGAUGAGGGAACAGGAAGGCGACGGCCCGGAGAGCCGUUAGCCGGACUCGAUGGAUGAGUAUGGCGGGCCGGCGGCGCCGCCCCGGCCGCCCAAGCCGGCGGCGCGCGUCCACAGGCCGACGGGCGCGCGCCAGCCCACCGUAUCGCUGCUGCGGCCGCGACCCGAGGCCGAACGAGAGCGCAACGCCUACGUCGAGGCUCCGCGGCGGGCGCACGCCGCCCCGCCGGCGGCCCACGCCGCGGCGCAGCCUCUCAAGCCGGUGACGACGCAGCCGGCCGCCGCGGCCGAUAAGCGGCGCGCCGGCGCCCUCGCGGCCGACUCGAUCGUGUGCAAGACGUGCGGCCUGUGCCGCUGCGAGCAGUGCGCGCGGCCGCGGCCGCUGCCGUCGCACUGGCUGUGCGACUCGUGCCUGUGCAGCGCCGAGGCGUGCGUGGACUACGCGUCGUGCAUGUGCUGCGUCAAGGCGCUGUUCUACCACUGCGGGAGCGGCGAGGAGGAGGCCGGCGAGCCGUGCGCCUGCGGCCCGCGGCUGGCCUGCGUGGGCGCGCUGUCGCUGGCGCUGCCGUGCCUGUGGCUGUACUGGCCGCUGCGCGGCUGCGCGGCCGCGGGGCAGGCGCUGUACGCGCGCUGCCGCCGCUCCGGCUGCCGCUGCCCCGAGCCCCCGCCGCGGCUCUCCAGUAUUAUCUAGUCCCGCCGCGCGCCGCCCGCGCCCUCCGCGCCAGAGCCGCGAGCCGCACGCGUCUGCGUUGUACAAAUAUUUAUUGGCGAGCGGAGUGCUUCGGACCGCGCGGGGGUGGACUCAGUGAUCGCUGUGCCUGGUCCGAGUGUGCUGUGCGCGACGCGGGGCCGUUGGACGAGCGCCUCGCGUCGCUGAGUGAAUCGUCUACGAGUACCUUGUAAAUAUAGUUGUAUAGUGUGAAUGUACGUGAACGUGUCGCCCGAACGUCGAAAGUCUCAAAUUUUCUUGAGACCGUAACGUGUCAUAUACAAAACAGUUUUGUUACUAGUAUUUUGGAUUGUGAAUAUCCAAUAAAAAAGAAAUUAAGAAAUGAAAUAUAAAACAUACUUAUUAAGCUGUAGAUAAUUUACCAUUUAUUUAUUAACUGAAUUUGUAUUUAUUUGUAAAUAAAACGACAACAUUAUA